GAAGGAAUGGAUUGGAAGUUGCCGUGACGAAGGAAAGCCGAGGCGAUCAGGCGACCCACACCUGUCCAUCCAUCUAGAACGAACGCGUCCUGUGUUGUUGGCUUCGCUUCCCACGCGCACGCGGAUCGGAGAGACCGAGGCUUCUUCUUCUUCCCCCACCUGCGUGUCGAGAAGGUUCUAGAGGGUUCGAGAAGGGGGGGGGGGCUGCUGCCGCGAUGGCUCUGCAGUGGAUGAUCCUUGCGUGCGUGGUGGCGGCGGAGGCGGCGGUGGCCGUGAUGCUCACGCUACCGGCGCCGCGCGCCGUGCGGAAGCAGAUCGUCGGGCUCACCUCGAUGCUCCUGCAGCCAUUCGCCGGGAUACUCCCCUUCGCGGCCUUCCAGCUCCUCGAUAUCUACUGGAAGCAGGAGCACAGGCUGAUGUGCACCUCCGAGAUUUGCACCGCUGACGAGCGUAUCCGCUUUGAGAAAUCCAUCUUCAAAGCCCAGAGGAAUGUCAUUCUUUGUGUUUCAGCAUGCCUCCUUUACUGGUGCAUUUUCCGUAUUUGCAAGUACAACAAGGAUAUUAAGGCAUUGGAGGAGACCGAGAAGCGCCUCAAGGAAGAGUAGAUUCAUCACAGUUACAGGUGGAUUUUGUGCGCUAUUCCUGCCCUUCAGUUGUAUGCAGAUAGUUAUGUGGAAUUUCCGGUGUAUAUUGUUCGCCUCGAGGCAGAAAGAAUGUUACCUUAGAAUCUUCGGUAUUAAUCAUCUUUCUCGUUUAAUUGAAACACGUCUGUUUUUCCCUGUUUUAACUUAGAAUGAUGUGUACCAAGAAGACAUGUGAACCAGUGAGCCCUGGUCAUCCUUCAAUUCAACCGUUUGAACAUUUGCCUGUAUGUUGUCUGAACAUCCAUUUACUGGCCUUCCCACGGUCAUCGCUGUUGAAUUGGUCAGGUAUUUGUUUGGAAUUGUA